AAACUAUCCGAGAUGACUGUCACUUACUCCAGUAAAGUAGCCAAUGCAACUUUUUUUGGAUUUCAUAGGUUGCUCCUCAAGUGGAGAGGCAGCAUCUACAAGCUCCUGUACAGGGAGUUUAUUGUUUUUGCUGUUCUUUACACAGCUAUCAGUCUGGUGUACAGAUUGGUACUUACAGGAGCCCAAAAACGUUACUUUGAAAAAUUAUCAAUUUACUGUGACAGAUAUGCUGAGCAAAUUCCAGUAACCUUUGUGCUUGGGUUCUACGUCACCCUGGUGGUGAACCGGUGGUGGAACCAGUUUGUGAACCUGCCCUGGCCGGACAGGCUCAUGUUCCUCAUCUCCAGCAGCGUCCACGGCAGCGACCAGCACGGGCGCCUGCUCAGGAGGACGCUGAUGCGCUACGUCAACCUCACGUCCCUGCUCAUCUUCCGAUCCGUGAGCACCGCGGUGUACAAACGGUUUCCCACCAUGGACCACGUGGUCGAAGCAGGUUUUAUGACAACAGAUGAAAGGAAACUAUUCGACCACCUCAAGUCACCACAUCUGAAAUACUGGGUUCCAUUUGUUUGGUUUGGAAAUCUUGCUACUAAAGCCCGCAAUGAAGGUAGAAUCAGGGACAGCGUCGACCUGCAGUCACUGAUGACCGAGAUGAAUCGGUACCGCUCUUGGUGCAGCCUCUUAUUUGGCUAUGACUGGGUUGGCAUUCCGCUGGUUUACACACAGGUUGUCACUCUCGCCGUCUACACGUUCUUCUUUGCUUGCCUGAUUGGACGGCAGUUCCUGGAUCCCACCAAAGGCUACGCGGGGCAUGACCUCGAUCUGUACAUCCCAGUUUUCACCCUCCUCCAGUUCUUCUUCUACGCAGGAUGGCUCAAGGUUGCAGAGCAGCUGAUCAACCCUUUUGGGGAAGAUGAUGACGACUUUGAAACGAACUGGUGCAUUGACAGAAACCUGCAGGUCUCUCUCUUGGCUGUGGACGAAAUGCACAUGAGCCUGCCCAAGAUGAAGAAGGACAUUUACUGGGACGAUUCUGCCGCUCGGCCACCAUACACACUGGCAGCCGCAGAUUACUGCAUACCCUCCUUUCUGGGCUCAACCAUCCAAAUGGGGCUGGGGUCCGAGUUCCCUGCGGAGGACUGGCUCUGGAACUACGAGAAGCAUGGGCCCCGGCACUCGGUGAUGAGGAGAGUCAAGCGCUUCCUGAGCACCCACGAGCACCCCGGCAGCCCCAGGAGGAGGACUUUCGGCAGGCAGGCCAGCGACAGCUCCAUGUUCUUCCCCCCCAGCCCAGCUCGGGAUCUGCUGGAUGUACCCUCGAGAAAUCCCCACGGAGCCUCACCCAGCCGGAAGCAAUCCCACUCCCGAGAGGGUAGCCCUAAGCUGCAUUCCAGCAUGGGAGAGCUGUCCACCAUCAGGGAGACCAGCCGUACCAGCACAUUGCAGAGCCUGACCCCGCAGUCCAGCGUGAGGGCCUCCCCUACCAAAAUGCCCCGGGUCCCCGAGGUCCUGAUCACAGCGGCCGAAGCCCCCGCGUCCUCAUCAGACGGCCAACCGCAUGACUCCGCUACCUCCAUCCUGAGCCUCGAGUUCACCGGGGUGCAGCCUAGCAGGACUGAGCGGCAGGUAGACCCCGCAGGGAAGGCGACACCACCUGGGGACCCCAAGCCCCAGGCUGUUUCCACCAGUCCUGAGAGAGACUUGUUCAAGUUUGAGGAGGACCUGGAUGAUGACAGAUUCCCGCAAAGGUGGAGCCUUCCGGAGUUACGGGAGUCCAGGCACACCUCCCUGGGAAACUUGGCUCCAGACCCUAUGGGCCCCAGGGCUGCUCUCUUACUUGAUACGGAAACAUCCUCGGAGACCAGCAGAAUCCAUCCCGGGGCUGGCUCUGGACUCUCUCCUGACAUCCUGUACUUAAUGGAAAGCUUGGAUGCUAAGGAAACAGACAUCCUGGAGUCUAACAACGAGCACCCCGAAGAAUCCCCUCAGGGAACCCGGCAGCGCCCCAGGACCUGGUUCUAGUUCACCUUCCUUCUUUACACAGAGCUGUGGAUACCAGCCUGGGGACAGUGUCCC